AUGCAGUACGUCCGCAGCAUCAGCGGUUCGGUGUCGAAGACGUGGAAUUCGAUCAAUCCAGCUACCUUGAGCGGAGCAAUUGAUGUCAUCGUUAUUGAGCAGGAAGAUGGGACACUCGCCUGUUCGCCGUUCCACGUACGAUUCGGCAAGUUUUCGCUGCUCCGUCCAUAUGAGAAGAAGGUGGAAUUCCAAGUCAAUGGUGUCAAGCAGGAUUAUGCGAUGAAGCUGGGAGAAGGUGGAGAGGCGUUUUUCGUCUUUGAAACAUCAGACGAGAUCCCGGCUUCGCUGCAGACAUCGCCGCUGGUAUCACCGGCGGGUAGUCCUAGAGCCGGCAGCGAGGAAGAUCUCCCAACGUCCCUCCAGGAACCGGAAUUCCUGGAUCUCGAAAAAUCCGCGGGAAUCGGACAGUCGCCGGAUGCAAAGGCCGCUGCAGAUAUACCCAUGCUUUCGAGAGAGACGAGGGCGUGUACGGAUCUAGGUGCCAUCACCCCUUUGUCGCGCUCGCUAGAAGAGUCCAACAUGAGCCGGGUUCGCCAUAGUUCGUUUGGAGACGGACCGGGCCUUAUUGACCGGGCAGCAUCCGAGGGUGUUUUGACCACCAAGAAACACCCCAACACUUCUGGCAUGGGUGAUUUCGCUCUCGGAGCGCAGCCUCCGAGCCCAACCACCAGCGAGGAUCCUAGUCACACCCAACGCCCGCGCAGUCCUCCUUUGCUCAGCCCAGAGGAGGCCGUCUCACGCGCACUAUCUCUUUCCAAGAGACUGUCGUCGUCGAACAUCCCAACUCAUGUCAAUGAGACGGGCGAUCUCAUGCUCGAUAUGACUGGAUAUAAGAGCAACGAGGAGGAUGCCCUACGUGCUGAACUCGUUGCCCGCAAGAUUCUUGCGGAGGAGCUGGAGGGAAGUUACGAUAUUGGUGCCCUCAUCGGAGCCGACGAGCACGGGAACCUGUGGAUCUACAGCAGUGAAGAAGCCAAGGAGGCCGCGAACCGCCGGGCCACCUUCAAUGCGAUGAGACCUAGUUCUGCCAUGAGCGAGAACGCCGUCUCCGACCCUGGGUAUCAUAGCGACACGGAUCGUCCCAUGUCCGACCCGUCGUCGUUCACAACUCGCCACCAUCGGGCCCAGUCUGAUGUGCAGCCAGGCUUCCCUACUCCUCCGCAAUCCCCAACUCCCGACACAACGCCGGCAGAUCAGACCCGGAAUUAUGCGAAGACCCUGCGUCUGACCAGCGACCAGCUCAAGGCUUUGAACCUGAAAGCUGGGGCGAAUCCGAUGUCCUUCAGCGUCAACAGAGCCACCUGCACAGCGACCAUGUAUCUGUGGGACAGCAACACGCCGAUCGUGAUAUCAGAUAUCGAUGGAACCAUCACGAAGUCUGAUGCCUUGGGUCACGUUCUGAAUAUGAUCGGUCGGGAUUGGACACAUGCUGGAGUGGCCAAGUUAUACACGGACAUCGUCAAUAACGGCUACAACAUCAUGUAUCUCACCAGCCGAUCUGUUGGGCAAGCGGACACCACCCGCACGUACAUCUACGGAGUUUGUCAGGAUGGAUACAGGUUACCGAAAGGACCGGUCAUCAUGAGUCCUGACAGAACGAUCGCGGCGCUCCGGCGGGAGAUCUAUCUGCGGAAGCCGGAGGUGUUCAAGAUGGCGUGUUUGCGGGACAUCCUGGGUCUCUUUCACGGCAAGGAGAACCCUUUCUACGCUGGGUUCGGCAACCGUCUGACGGAUGCACUGAGUUACCGAUCGGUGAACAUCCCUUCGACUCGGAUCUUUACCAUCAAUUCGAACGCCGAGGUUUCUCUGGAUCUGCUCAGUCUGAACAAGUACAAGAGCAGCUACGUCACCAUGCGGGAGCUGUUAGAUCAUUUCUUUCCACCGGUCAGCCUGCUGGUCCAGCCUGGAGGUGAGAACUACACGGAUUUUACCUACUGGAGGGAGCCUCCUCCAGAGCUUGAUUUUCUCUCGGACACGGACAGUGAGGAGGAUGAGGAAGACGAGGAAGAUGAGAUCGAGGAGGAGGAGGACGAGGAAGAAGAGGACGAAGACGAAGAGGAAGACGACGAUGAGGAGGAGUAUGACGGCGAAUUGAGUGAGGGCGAGGAGGGCAGUGAUAUCCUCGAUGACGAGGAGGGUGACCUGGGCGCCAGUAUGAUUUCAGAACUCUCGAUGGACGGAAUCGUAAUGUCCGAGCACAGGACCGACUUCGUGGCAGACGGCCAGAGUCUUGUCGACGAUGAAGAUGCAGAGGAUGAGACCAUCGGCUCCAAGCCGACGCAGUCGAGGCAGAAAGCCUCGUCUGAAGUCGUCCGUCCUGCGUGA